AUGGCUAAUAUGGAGAAAUUCGUGGAAGCGCAGAAGAAUUUAGCCGAAAGUAUGGUGAAAAUAAAAAAUAAGUUGAGUGAAGAACGGCUGACCAGAGCAGGGUUCGAUCAAUUGGAGAGAAAUUAUCAUGAUUCAGUCAAGAAAUUGAAGAGUAAUCAUGAAGUGAUGAUGACAAUAGAGCCCAAGAGCGAUGAUUACUUCGUAAAGGAUUUUUACGGAUUAAUGAUGAAUGGGCUGGUGAAGGAGGUUGAGGAGAUGAUAAGGAGUCGGGAGGUAACGGUUCAGAAGAAAAGCAACAAUGGCAGUGGCGCAGAAGGAAGUAAUCUGGGACUGCAGUUGGAGAGGAAAGAAGAGUUUGGGAGCAGGGAGGAAGCAGCAGUUGGAAAAGCGGCAAUGCUACAGGAGAAGCCGUCAAUAAGGAAAUAUUUUUUCCAAAAAAUCGAAAGAAUAGAGAAGAGAUUGGAAAGUGGUGAAGUCGAUGAGAGAGAUAUCGAAGAUAGUUUGCGGCAGUUGAAUGGAUUUUAUGACAAGUUGCUGGCAACGAAUGAAAUAGACGAGGAAGUCUUUGAACAAUACGAGGAGAUGACGGAAAGACUUAGUAUUCGACGGAAAGUCGUUGGAGAGCAAAAAAUGGAGAAAGCAGAGGGAAAAGAAAUCCGCAGCAACAUCAGGUUAAGCGAAGUGAGGAUACCCGAGUUCAGCGGCAAAAUUGAGGACUGGGAGUCAUUCCAUGACUUAUUUAAAAAUUUGCUGCAUAAUUCGCCUCAUUUUUCCGAAGUAGAGAAAUUAUACAGGCUGAAGGCAGCCAUUAAAGGAGACGCAGCUCAACUAAUUCAGCAUUUAAAAAUAACCGACUCCAAUUAUGAAGCUGCCUUUGAAUUAUUGAAGAAAAGGUACGAGAAUAGGAGAUUGAUGUUCACGAAUUUGUGUGAUAAGAUUCUGGACCAACCAGUAAUGAAUAGCGAUUCAGCGGCAAGUAUAAGACGCAUGCUUGACACUACCAAAAACUGUGUAAUGGCGUUGAGGGGCAUGAAUGUGUCUACAAAGGAUGCUGAACCAUUUAUUGCCAGAAUAAUUGUGAGAAAGUUUGAUAAGGAUGGGUUGCGGCUAUAUGAGCAACAAGUAAGGAAGCCGAGAGAAAUUCAAACUUUGGAUGAUGUCUUAGAAUUUUUGCAACAACAAUACCUUGCGUUGGAAGCGGCGGGAGAGCAGGAAGUGAACGUGAAGAGAAUUUAUGGAAACAAAAAUAAUAUGUCAACCAAAUUUUGCUACUUUUGUGAGAAAAGUGGGCACGGGGUGAUAGAAUGCAGGAAGAUGUUGGCAAUGACACCGGCAGAGAGAAAGCCUGCGGUAUCUGCGAAAAAAAUUUGUUUCGUUUGUCUUUUACACAGGACAGACAGAAAAUGCAAUAGUGUUGUGCGCUGCAACAAAUGUGGAGGUAAUCACCAUCAUUAUCUUCACAAUGGUGACCAAAGAAGCGUUAAUCAGCAAGUUAAUCCCACAUCAUCUAUGGUAAUUGAGAGAAAACAACAACAAGUUUUAUUGGCAACAGCAUUGGUAAAAGUACGGGCAGCGACGGGAGAAUUUGAGUUGCUACGGGCAAUGAUAGAUCAAGGGUCACAGAUAACAUCAAUUUCGGAAGAAGCUUCGCAGAUUUUGGGAUUGCCAAGGAUAAAAGAAAAAACGGAAAUACACGGCUUGGGUGGUACUUUGGUUGGUGUGUCGAAGUACAAAGUGGACUUAGUUAUAAAGCCAAGAUUUCUUAGCAAACAUGUAUUCAAUUCACAGGCGAUGGUACUACCUACGAUAAUGAGCCAGCAGCCAGGUAAAUCCUUCGACAUAGAUAUGAAGCAAUGGCGAAACUGUAUGUUGGCUGAUCCAUUCUUCAAUAAAUCCGAUCGCAUUGAUCUAAUAAUCGGUGGAGACAUUUACGCCGACAUAAUGGAAAAAGGGCAGAAGAGAGUAAGCGGUCCGUUCUCACAACAAACGAAACUUGGUUGGAUAGUAUCUGGAGCUCUAUCCAAUGGAAUAAGCAAAGUGGAAAAAGUGCAGGUGGCUGCGACGAACCUUGAACGUUUUUGGGAAGUAGAGGAAGUGGAAGCAGAAGAUCAGUGUACAAAUGAUGACCAGUGGUGCAUGCAGAAUUUUGAAAAAUCGACCGUUAUUCGAGAUGAUGGUCGAUUGAUGGUGUCAUUACCUUUUAAGGCUGAUAUGGAACUAGGCGAAUCCAAACCGCAAGCAAUGGCCAGGUUUUUGAAUGGUGAAAAGAAGUUGGAGAAAUAUCCAUCACUAAAAGCUGAAUAUAUAACCUUCAUGCGAGAGUAUCGGGAACUGGGUCAUAUGGUGCAAGUACCGAUGGAGAUGAAAGGAAAAUAUUACUUACCGCAUCAAGCAGUGAUCAGAGAAGAUAGCCGAACAACGAAAGUGCGAGUGGUGUUUGAUGCAUCAGCGAAAACAUCGAAUCAAAGAAGUUUGAAUGACAUAAUGCACACUGGACCUAAACUUCAACGCGAUAUAUUUGAUAUAAUGUUGAAAUGGCGUUUAUGGAAGUAUGUAUUGACAGGAGACGUGGAAAAGAUGUAUCGGCAGAUUGUAGUGAGGCCAGAAGAUCAAGAAUAUCAAUACAUACUUUGGAGAGAGAACAGAGCGGAACCAAUAAAGCAAUAUCGUUUAACAACAGUAACAUAUGGCACAUCAGCGGCGCCGUUUCUGGCAGUAAGGUCACUGUUCAUGAUAGGUGAUUACUGCAAAGAGGAGAUGGUGAAAAAUAUUAUAAAAGAAGAUUUUUAUAUGGAUGACCUCAUGACUGGAGCUGAUACUGUAAAGGGAAGUCAACAUAUUCUGCAAUCAGUGGCACAGCAGCUGCAGAAGUUUAAUUUUCAUUUGAGAAAAUGGAUUUCAAAUGACCCUAAAAUUACGGAAAUUGUAGAAAAUCGAGGACGCAAUGAAGUUAUAUCGAUUAAAGACGACGAGUCCAUAAAAACCUUGGGUGUUGGGUGGGAUCCCAAUAUGGACCACUUUCGAUUCAACGUCAGCUUUAGUCAUCCUUCACAAAUGACAAAGAGAAAAGUACUGUCAUUGGUAGCUAGAAUUUUCGACCCAUUGGGAUGGUUAUCACCAAUAACGGUGGUAGCAAAAUUGAUCGUUCAGAAGCUGUGGCUGUUAAAUAUAGAUUGGGAUGAGACGAUACCCGAGGAAAUUUUGACGCAAUGGCUAGAAUUCGCAAAUCAUUUGGAUUCUCUUCAUAAAAUAAAAAUCCCUAGAUGGCUGGGUACAUCGACAACUACAAAGUUCGAGCUUCAUGGCUUUUCAGACGCGUCCGAGAAAGCAUAUUCCGCAGUAAUAUUCAUUAAAUGUGAAAUGAGGGUGACUUUACUAACUGCCAAAAGUAAGGUCAACCCAAUCAAAAAUAAAAAGACGCUGCCAAAAUUGGAGCUGUGUGGUGCACAUCUGUUGGCGAGAUUGUUGAAUAGGGCAGAGAAAAUCAUAGGAAGAGAGACGAACGUGUUUGCAUGGACUGAUUCAACAAUCACACUGGGGUGGAUCCAAAAUAAUCGUAGCAAGGACAAAUUCAUAAAGAAUAAGGUGCAGGAUAUAAAUGUGCUUGUACCAACAGCAACAUGGAGAUAUGUUGGCACAAAGGAAAAUCCAGCAGAUAUUGCAUCAAGAGGUAUUCAACCACAUCGGCUAAUGGACUAUAAGCUAUGGUGGAAUGGUCCUGAAUGGUUGCGGGAGCCUUCAAGUCAUUGGCCUGAACUACCACAGAGGACUGCAGUGAUAGCAUCGACGAUGGUAACAACAGAAGUAAAUUUUUUGGAUGAUAUAAUGACGAGAUACUCCAGGUUUUCUAAAAUGCGGCGUGUAGUGGCAUACGUCAUUCGAUUUAUUGAGAGGACAAGGAAUAAAAUCAAAAUUUCUGGUGGUUUAGCUGUGCAUGAACUUAUAGAAGCUGAAGAACAUAUACUAUCACGUCAUCAGCAAGUUAUGUUUUCUAAAGAAAUUAUAUCUUUAAAAAGAGGAUCUUCAAUUGAUCGAGGCAGCCGUAUAGUGGGACUACAUCCUUUCUUAGACAGAAGAGGCAUACUUCGAGUUGGCGGUCGACUGCAAAAUGCAAAUAUGUCCUUCAAUCAAAAACAUCCAAUUGUAUUGAAUAAAUCGAAUCUGACAGCCGCAAUAGUGCGAUCGUUUCAUCUGGCAACUUUACAUGGAGGAAACAGAUUGACUGAAACAUCCACAAAACGCAAAUAUUGGAUUAUUGGCUUGAAAGCAGCGAUAAAAAAGUGUAUACGAUCGUGUCCAAGAUGUAUACGGUACAAACAAGAGACAGCGAAGCAGAUAAUGGGUGACUUGCCAGAUUCGAGGGUUACAGCGAUGCAACCUUUCUUAUAUACAGGAGUGGACUACGCUGGACCUAUAAGGAUGAAGUGCUCCAGAAACAGAGGACAAAAGUGUUUUAAAGGAUACAUUGCUAUAUUUGUCUGCAUGUCAACAAAAGCAAUUCAUCUGGAAGCUGUGAGCGAUUUGUCCACAUCAGCAUUUUUGGCAGCCUUGAAACGGUUCUUUUCCAGAAGAGGAAAGAGUGCUAAAAUGUACAGCGACAAUGGGACAAAUUUUGUUGGAGCGAAAAAUAGACUUGAUGCGGACUAA